AUGGGCUGCGUCGCUGGCGGCUUCGUGGCCGGCUUCGGCGUCGUCUACACCCACACCUCUAUCGCCGCCGACGUCAUCGCCUGCGCCCUCCACAGCGCCCCCGCAUACAUCGCGGGCGGCCUCUGGGACCACGGGCGCGGCACGCAAGCCGCGGAGCACCACUUCCUCGAGCAGCGCGUGCGCGACGAGGACCCAGGCGGCAUCCACGUCAACAGGACUUCGCGCCGCUUCGACGACGAGCGCCGCGGGAUCGAUCAGUGCCACGGUGGCCAGCACCACGGCGUCGGGCAUCACGUCGGAGGCCAGCACGACGACACUGUGCAGUUAAACGGCAUCCAUCACCACCCCGACGAGCAGUACCACGUCGACGAGCUGAACCGCGGUGUCGAGCACCACACCGCAGACCAGCACGACGAUAACGAGCAGUACCACGGCGUUCAACAUCGCGUCGAGGUGUACAACGGCGACGCCACGUUCGGGCCGCUGGCGCAAGUCGCGUGCUGCGUCAGCGAGUGGGGCACAAUCCAGCGGGGCACGUCGCCUCUGCCGGCCACGGCCCCCACGCUGGGCUCGUUGGGGCCGCGAUUGGAUUUCGCCCUCGACGUCGUGUUGGGGGCCACUCGCCUGCUGCGCAGCAUUCUGCUCAGAGGGCCCCUGCUCUGCGCCGAGAGGCUGGGCGUCUGGGCCCCCGCUGGCGCGGGGCCCUCCUGCUUCGACCCUGCCUGGCCCGCCACGUCUCGACGCUCCAGCUCUGCACCCUGGUCUCGGGCAGCCCCGUGCCGGCGCGCCCCCAUCGAAGCCGCCGCUCUCGGAGCUCGUGCGUGCGACGUGCACGUUCAGCUUCUCAGGUGCAAGACCGGGAGCGUCUGCGCGGCUGCCGCUCGAGCCCCCGAGUGCGCCACAGGCGCCGGGGCAGCAUGGGCGGCCGUCACAGUUGGCACGGCGUGGUGGCACCCUGCCUUCCCAGACGAUGAGUACGUCACAGACCAUGGCAGAGCCAAGCGCGGGAGGACCGACCCGGCCACUGCUCGCCAAGCCGCCGCGCUAGGCGUGCCUUUGCUGGAGGAGGACGACGGGGCGCUCGGCCCCGUGCCAAAGGACCCCACCAGCGGCAGGCCAGCCCAACCCGCCAACCUGGAAUGGUGGGACGCCGUGGAUUACGACGCGAUGGAACAACACGCCACCGCCAUCCUCCUGGCCAGCGCGGAGAAGGCCUUCAAGUUUUUCGACAGGGCCCACGUGCGCCCGGAGGCCGCCUCCGCCGAGGAGGCGGCGCCUUCCAUCUUCGAGCGCGUGCCGCGCGCGGCCGAGGAGGCGGCGCCCUCCAUCGUUGAGCGCGUGCCGCGGCCGACCGAGGAGGCCGCGCCCUCCAUCUUCGAGCGCAUCCCGCGCCAGGGCGGCGGGGCGGGCGCGGGGAGGGGGGACGAGGCGCUGCACAGGCUCGCGAGCCCGUCGGACGUGGCUCUGCAGUUCAAGCACGCCGCGGGGGCGGGCAUCCGCGACGAGAGGACCUGGAGGAGGCUGAGCGCCAACGCCGUCCGGGCGCUGCGGCACCUGAAGAUCGCGGAGGUGGCCACGGUGCUGGACAGCUGCGCGCGGGCCUCCUGGCGCGACGACUACCUCCUCUGCGGGCUGGCCGAGGCCUUCCGCUGCGGCGCGGAGCUCCGCCGCGGGACCGUGCGGGAGUACUCGUUGUGCUGCCAGUCACUGCGACGCCUCGGCUUCUGCCCGUGGACGGGCACAGUGCGGCCCAUCGUGAGGGAGCUGAGGUGGCGGCUCAAGUUUCACUACUGGAGGCCCAUCGACGUGGUCUCGGUGCUGCGCUUCGCCUCCGACUUCAAGCUGCACAGGCUGCCCCAGGUGCCGAGUGCGAGGGCCCUCUGCCGCGAGCUGCAGGCGUCGGCGGAGCGGAUGGUGGGGGACAUGCGGCACCUCUGA